AAAACCAAUAAUAAAAUUUUCAUCUUCGAUCCAUGGCUUCCCGUCGCCGAAUGCUUUUGAAGGUCAUAAUUCUCGGAGACAGCGGGGUUGGCAAAACAUCUCUCAUGAAUCAGUUUGUUAAUCGAAAGUUUAGUAAUCAAUACAAGGCAACAAUAGGUGCUGAUUUUUUGACAAAAGAGGUUCAAUUUGAAGAUAAGUUAUUUACAUUGCAGAUAUGGGACACUGCUGGACAGGAAAGGUUUCAAAGUUUGGGUGUUGCUUUCUAUCGUGGUGCAGAUUGCUGUGUUCUUGUGUAUGAUGUGAAUGUUAUGAAGUCAUUUGAUAAUCUUAAUAAUUGGCGGGAAGAGUUUCUGAUUCAGGCGAGUCCAUCUGAUCCUGAAAACUUUCCAUUUGUUGUGUUGGGGAACAAGAUAGAUAUUGAUGGUGGCAACAGUCGAGUGGUUUCUGAAAAGAAAGCUAAGGCUUGGUGUGCUUCAAAGGGGAAUGUACCUUAUUUUGAGACCUCUGCAAAAGAGGGAUUCAACGUGGAUGCUGCUUUCGAAUGCAUAACCAGAAAUGCACUAAAGAUUGAACCUGAAGAAGACAUAUACGUUCCUGAAACCAUAGAUGUCACGGACGGAGGACAGCAGCAAAGAUCAACUGGAUGUGAGUGCUAAGAAGGUCAUGGAAGUGUGGCUCCUUUGCUUGCAAUACAAACUGCAAGCAAAGUUCCCAUCCAUAACGGCAGGCUAUAGCAAUCCAUAAACCAGGAGAAGCAUUUUUAUAGUCAAUUUGUAUAUCUUAAACUUAAACGCUUCUUGAGUUCUUUAUUUCUUUUUAUUUCCCUUCUAAAUUUGAUUCUUCUAUUUAUUUACUUUUUUUUUUUUUAUUGUUUAGUAUAUGCAUGGAAGUUAUUGUACUU